AUGGAUUCGACGAACGGGUACGACCCGACGCUGCCAAUGGAUCUGGAAGGAAGUGUCAAUCCAGAUCUUUUGACAGAAGUCACGUUUGGGUCACAUUUGGAGUAUGCAGAUGGAUCAGUACCUAUGGUUGCUAAGACUAGCAAUGGAAGGAUGUCCCCGGUACGGGCCAGAACUAUGAAGGAAUAUGACCAGCAAAUUGCAGUCCUGAAGAAGGAAAACUUCAGUCUGAAGUUAAGGAUUUAUUUCCUGGAGGAGAGGAUGCAGCAGAAAUUUGGAGAUGGGGAGGAUGUGUUUAAAACCAACAUCGAGCUGAAGGUCGAGUGCGAGAGUCUGAAGCGAGAACUGGCUGACAAACACAACUUGUUAAAGAAGGCCUCGAAUGCCAUGGAGAAUCUGUCCAGUAACCACCAGUCUGAGAUGUCCAAGAUAAGAGCACAAGUGGAAAAAGAUUUGAAAGACUCUAACAAUGGACUGGCUUAUCAACUUGACUUUGCUCAAAAGGCUCUAGAUGAGGCAGAGGAAGUUGUUCAGGACAAAGACAACAAGAUACACGAGUUACAAGAUCAACUCAACAAGUUGACAACAGAAAUCAAACAGGUGCAACAAAAGGGAGACGACUCUAUGAAGGAAUUGAUGCAGGAGUUGGAACAUAAAAAAGCGUGA